UAUCCUGCCCGGUUGUUUUGACCCGGAUAGCCAUAAAAUACCGGGCUGUCCGGGUCAGAACUAUACAGGCAUAUAUAAGUUUGAGGCUAAAGCGUUGUUAAACUGUGACAAAGUCGGAUCACACAUCAUGGCAUCUAAUGUGCUGUUUGGCCUGUUUCCUACUCAGCUGUACUCCUGGGCGGCCUCUCUGUGCCUCCUGCUAGUACUGUACAAAGCCACUCAACUUUAUCUCAGACGGAGGUUUCUGCUUACAGCAUUCAGCUCUUUCCCUGGUCCUAAACGCCACUGGCUGUAUGGAAACGCACACGAGUUUAAAGCAGAUGGGAAAGAGUUGGAUAUUAUUGACGGUUAUGCCAAAAAAUAUCCAUAUGCCUACCCUCUGUGGCUGGGAAAUUUCUAUGCUUCGCUGAUUGUCUGCCACCCAGACUAUGCAAAAGCCAUUUUAUCCCGUCAAGACCCAAAGGAUGAUUUUGGCUAUUACUUUUUAAUUCCAUGGAUUGGCAAGGGAUUGCUGGUCUUAUCUGGACAAAAGUGGUUCCAACAUCGCCGGCUAUUGACUCCAGCAUUCCAUUAUAAUAUUCUGAAGCCCUAUGUGAAACUAAUGGCAGACUGCAGCAAAGUCAUGCUGGACAAAUGGGAUAACUUGAUCGGAGAAGAAAAGCCAGUGGAACUUUUCCACCAUGUUAGCCUGAUGACUCUGGACAGCAUCAUGAAGUGUGCCUUCAGCUACCAUAGCAACUGCCAGCACAACAGUGAAAAUGAAUACAUCAAAGCCGUUUAUGAGCUCUCUUACUUGGUGGACCACAGAUUCACCUGCCUUCCAUAUCAUAACGACUUUAUUUUCUACCUAAGCCCUCAUGGAUUCCGCUUCCGUAGAGCACUGAAAGUAGCACAUGAUCACACAGAUAACGUAAUUAAGCAGAGAAAAAAGUCCCUGCAUGAGCAGAAGGAGCUUGAGAAGCUCCAAGAGAAGAGACACCUGGAUUUCCUUGAUAUCCUUUUGUGUACCAAGGAUGAAAAUGGGAAUAGUUUAUCUGAUGAGGACCUCCGUGCAGAGGUGGACACAUUUAUGUUUGAAGGCCAUGACACAACAGCCAGUGGCAUCUCCUGGACCUUAUACUGCAUGGCCAAAUACCCAGAGCACCAGCAGAAAUGCUGGGAGGAGAUCAGAGAUGUCCUGGGAGAAAAGCAAACUGUGGACUGGGAUGAUCUAGGAAAGAUGCCUUAUACCACCUUGUGUAUAAAGGAGAGCCUGAGGCUUUAUCCACCAGUUCCAGGAAUAGCCCGAAAACUUACCCAACCAAUUACAUUUUGUGAUGGACGGAGUCUCCCAAAAGGUGCUGUGAUGUUUCUGAGCCUGUAUGCCAUUAACAGGUGUCCCAGCAUAUGGGAAGACCCAGAGGUGUUUGACCCAAUGAGAUUUUCUGCUGAGAAUUUGGCUAAGAGAAACUCACAUGCCUUUCUUCCCUUCUCCGCUGGAUCUAGGAACUGCAUUGGCCAGAACUUUGCCAUGAAUGAGAUGAAAGUGACCCUUGCAUUAACCUUACAAAGGUUCGAAUUAUAUCCUGACCCUGGAAAUGAGCCACUGAAAGCUCCCGAGCUUGUGUUACGGACAACCAAUGGAAUUCACAUAAAGCUGAAGAGAAAAGGAGGUGAUUGAUGCAAACAGAAGACACCAACCUUAUAUAAUUGAUGAUGUUAUUGUGAUGCAAAAUAUUGGUAAACACAGUGGCUCAUUGGUUAGCCUGAUGCUUUGCACCCCUGGGUUCCUGAGUUGGAGCCCAACCAGGGCACUAUCUUUAAGGAGUUUGUUUCCUUGGCUGAGUGGAUUUCCUCUGGGUACUUAAGUUUCCUCCCACACUCUAUAAAACACACUAGCAGUCUAAUUGCUCCAAAUGAAACUGAACAUAGUAGAGAACAUGAAGGGAGCCACUCGGACUUCAGAACUGUGCUGCUACUUUUUAUUAUUAAAAAAAACUUGCAGCACAGUUCUGCAGUUCGUGUGGUUCCCUUCAUGUUCUCUAUAUGAUGCAUACCUUGGUCUUUGCGAUGUGACCAUUAGGAGGCGUGCCAAUCAAGUAACCAAUGAUAGGAAUGUGCUGGAGAAAUUCUACAAUCUGAACUGACCAUAGUGUGUGUAUAUGGUAAGGACCUUAAGCUCCACGAGGCAGGAACUAAUGUGAAUAAUAAACCAUCUCUGUAAAGCACCGCGUAAUAACUUGGUGUUAUAUAAACAAAGGCUAAUAAUAUGAAUAAAGUGGUAUCAAUUCGAUUUUUUGUACAUGUUAGUAUAUAAAAGUGCAAUAAAGCAGCAAGUCACCCUUACAUUAUACUGAAAUUUGCCACCUAUGAAAAGUUGUUAGUCUAUCAGCCCAUGCACGGGCUGCUCCGACAGGCCUACCCCAU